CUCUCGGCUGGGUCCGCCGCCCAGCCGCAGUCCGCAGGAGCCUCAGCCGCAGCCGGCCGCGGGGCGGGGUUCCCGGGGCGUCGCAGGGAGCGAAGCUUCGCGCCUGUGCUUUCGCCCGCCCCGGCUUGUCCGUUUCCGCGUCGGUCCGCUGGCGGACCAGCUGGCCCUGGGGCCCCGAGCCCAGGCUCCUCCGCCGCCUCAGGGCUCCGCCCACCAGACCUGCCCGCCGGACCCCGCCGUUGAUGACACCCAGGGGGGUUCGCCAUGGAAGGAGACACCGCGGAGCCGGCGGUGACUAUUAAGAAUAUUGAGAGAGAGCUCAUUUGCCCAGCCUGCAAGGAGCUGUUCACCCACCCGCUGAUUCUCCCUUGUCAACAUAGCAUCUGUCAUAAAUGUGUGAAAGAACUCCUGCUGACUCUUGAUGAUGCCUUUAAUGAUGUGGGGUCAGACAACUCUAAUCAGAGCAGCCCUCGACUUCGACUUUCCUCUCCUAGCAUGGAUAAAAUUGAUAGAAUUAACAGACCAGGCUGGAAACGCAAUUCAUUGACCCCUAGGACAACUAUCUUUCCCUGCCCUGGCUGUGAGCAUGAUGUGGAUCUUGGAGAACGAGGAAUCAAUGGUCUGUUUCGAAAUUUCACUUUGGAAACUAUUGUGGAGAGAUACCGUCAGGCAGCUCGGGCAGCCACAGCCAUCAUGUGUGACGUUUGUAAGCCACCGCCUCAAGAAUCCACCAAAAGUUGCCUGGACUGUAGUGCAAGCUACUGCAAUGAGUGCUUCAAAAUUUAUCAUCCUUGGGGAACUGUGAAAGCCCAACAUGAGUACGUGGGCCCCACCACUAAUUUUAGACCGAAGAUUUUAAUGUGCCCAGAACAUGAAACAGAGAGAAUAAACAUGUACUGUGAAUUAUGUAAGAGGCCAGUUUGUCACCUCUGUAAGUUGGGUGGUAACCAUGCCAACCACCGAGUCACCACUAUGAGCAGUGCCUACAAAACCUUAAAGGAAAAGCUUUCAAAGGAUAUUGAUUACCUUAUUGGUAAAGAGAGCCAGGUGAAGAGUCAAAUUUCUGAAUUAAACUUGUUAAUAAAAGAAACAGAGUGCAAUGGAGAGAGGGCCAAAGAAGAAGCAGUCACACAUUUUGAAAAGCUUUUUGAAAUCCUGGAAGAGAGGAAAUCAUCUGUUCUGAAAGCAAUUGACGUCUCUAAGAAGCUAAGAUUGGAGCGAUUUCAGACCCAAAUGGAAGAGUAUCAGGGCCUUCUGGAGAACAACGGGCUCGUGGGAUACGCGCAGGAAGUGCUGAAGGAGACGGACCAGUCCUGCUUCGUGCAGACAGCAAAGCAGCUGCAUCUCAGAAUACAGAAAGCUACAGAAUCUUUGAAGAGCUUCAGACCAGCAGCUCAGACUUCUUUUGAAGACUAUGUUGUUAAUACGUGUAAACAAACAGAAGUUCUUGGAGAAUUGUCCUUUUUCUCCAGUGGCAUAGAUGUGCCCGAAAUCAAUGAGGAGCAGAGCAAGGUUUACAACAGUGCCUUGAUAAGUUGGCACCAUCCAGACAAGGACAAGGCCGACAGCUACGUUCUAGAGUACCGGAAGAUCGACAGAGAUGAGGACCUGUCGUGGAGUGAGCUCCAAGUGUGUGGCACAAGCAAAGUCGUCUCAGACCUGGAAGACAACAGUCUCUACGCUUUCCGCGUGAGAGCGUACAAAGGCUCCAUCUGUAGUCCCUGCAGCAGAGAGCUGAUUCUUCAUACUCCGCCUGCUCCAGUUUUCAGUUUCCUCUUUGACGAGAAAUGUGGUUAUAAUAACGAACACCUCUUGCUAAACUUGAAGAGAGACCGAGUGGAGAGUAGAGCUGGAUUAAACACUCUGCUGGCUGCAGAACGAAUCCAAGUGGGUUACUACACAAGCUUAGACUACAUCAUCGGAGACGUUGGGAUUACAAAAGGGAAACACUUCUGGGCCUUCCGAGUGGAGCCCUAUUCGUACCUGGUAAAAGUGGGAGUUGCUUCCAGUGAUAAACUACAAGAAUGGCUCCAUUCUCCCCGGGAUGCAGUCAGCCCAAGGUAUGAACAAGACAGUGGGCAUGACAGUGGAAGCGAAGAUACCUGCUUUGAUUCUUCACAGCCUUUUACCUUGGUUGCUAUAGGCAUGAACAAAUUGUUUAUACCCAAGUCACCUACUUCUAAUGAACCUGAAAACAGAGUUCUUCCCAUGCCAACAAGUAUAGGAAUUUUCCUUGACUGCGAUAAAGGCAAAGUGAGUUUCUAUGAUACAGAGCACAUGAAAUGCCUCUAUGAACGCCAGGUAGACUGUUCACACAUGAUGUAUCCAGCAUUUGCAUUAAUGGGCAGUGGAGCAGUUCAGCUUGAAGAAUCUAUCACUGCAAAAUACCUGGAAUGCCAAGAAGAUAUGUAGUCUCAGUAUCCCGUGUGGAAAAUGUGAAUGGUACAAUGCUUCGGUGUUAGCCUUGGUAACUGAUUCCAUGUCAUCAAGCCUUCUGUCACGGUACUUGUUUGUAGUGUGUGAUUCUUCUUAAAACACAGAAAACCUAAUAGCCUUAUCUCUUCCAUGUUGUUGUUCUGCCUUUCAUGGAAGAUUUCAGUGAAGACAUUUUUCCUAAUUAAUACCGAAUGGUUAAAUUAGCAACUGGAUUGUAUUAUCUGUAGGCACAGGGAAUCUAAUUUAUUUAUGUCAGCUGAUACUGCUUAUACAGUGUGUAUGGGGGUUGGAGGAGGUAUAUAGAAGUAUUUAUUAUGCUUUUGUGUUUGACUUCUCAUUUUUGUAUCAUUUAUGUCUUAAAGAUAUUUUUAAAAUGUCUGUGAAUAGAAGUUAGCAUUAAGAAGUGUGUCUCACAUUUUAAGUUUUAGUAGGAAAACAAAGCUAUAAGUAGGUUUUUUUGAAAGGCCAUAAAAAUGCUGUAUGCUUGAGUGGAACAUCAUGUACUUUAAGUGUGCAACAAACUAUUAAGAGUAUAUCAGCCGGACUACUACUGGCUUUGUUUCGUUUGGCUUGUAGGACUGGAGAUUGAGCCUAGGGCCUCUGCGUUACACUCCCAGAUCUUUAUUCUUUUUAAUUUAAAGACAAGGUCUUGCUAAGUUGCCCAGGCAGCACUUGAAUUUGCAGUGCUUCUGCCUCUGCACCCCUCAGCUCUGGGAUUACAGGCAUGUGUCACCAUGCCUGGCUUGUGUUGUUUGUUUGUUUGUUUUAAAGACCACAAACUGUUGAUAAGGAUUUUUUUUUUUUUUUGGUACCAGGGAUCGAACUCAGGACCUCAUGCUUACCAAGCCAAGCACUUGAGCUCCUGAGCUAAAUCGCUGGCCUGAUGAGGACAUUUUUAAAGUGUUUCCCUUAGCUGUUAGACCUAUUCACCGGCAUAUGUAAUAAGCAUGGGUUUUUGUAGAAAACAUGAAAUUCUUGGCUAACUUAUGAAACUUUUCACUUUAGUUUUUAAAAUUAAUCUUCAUUUUUCCUACUCUACGAAAAUGUGUUUACAUCAAAGAAUUAUUUUUCAGAAAUAUUAAUGAAGAUGGAAUAUUGAAGUCGUAUUUAUUCUUUUGUGUUCCUCUGUGUCUUGUGUUUUUCGUUUUUGGCACAAAUGUUCAUGUAUUUCCUGGUUUAUGUUUACAGACCUAAAAAGCUCAUGAUAUAUUUUUAGUAGCAUUAAAUGUAUUUCAAAAUGUGGAGCAACUAAUUGGUUGUAUGGAUUUUUUACAGCUUAUUUUUGGUAAUAAGAAUCUAGUAUAAGCAAACAAAGAAAAAAUUUAUGGUGUAGGAAUAGUAACUAAAAUUCUAAUCAUUGUAUCUUUAAAUAUUGACAUUUCUUUUCAUUGGAACAAUUACCUCUUCAUUUUUGAAAGAUGUUAUUUUAGAUAGGUGAUUUUUAUUUAAACUGUUUAUUUUUUAAGUUAAAAUAUUCAGAAAUUAUGACUGUUAAUAUAGCAUUGAUCAGUUAUGGAAUGCUACUAACACAUUUUAACCCAAGCUCUUGGGGGUGUUUUUAUUCUCACUUUUUGAGAGAAAUCUGUUAUUCAGAUCAGCAACACUACAUUACACCCCACCUGCACCCAAGUAGAGGAUGUCAUGGACAAUGUGUGUUUAGUCAUCAUUAUUGCUUUCCAUCCAUGAAUAGCACUUUAUGACAGGUUAAUCUAAGCAAUUAUGCAGUGUUAUGUUGAUCAUUGUGCAAUAAAGCUGCUAAAAGUCAACAGGUGUGGUUAAGUUUAAUAUUCGAGCUUUGGGUAAGCACAUACCUUGUAGGCAUUUUUAAAUAUAAAGCUUUAACAGGAGUAAAGGAGCUGUUUCAAACAUUGUAGAGUUAUAAAUUAUUUGGUGGAAUUUGUUUUGUUUUUAAUAAAAAUUAAAAGAAAGCCAAGUGUAAUUAUUUAAGCCUCCAGGAAUUUUUAUAUGUUUAUGUGGAAAAUUGAAACAAUAUUUAUUAAAGACAUUUAGCUGACACAUUAAUUUAAAGCUAAAAGCUUUGGGUGCUUUUGAUUAUUUUGGAUGUUUUUUAUUAGUUGAGUUCUUGUACCAAUGAUCAUUAAGAAACUUAGCAUGGAACUCUUUUCACUUGGUUAGUUGAUCUAAUACUUUAUUUUUUUUUCUUUUUUGGGGGGUACCAGGAAUCAAACUUAGGACCGCACACUUGCCAGGCAGGUGCUACACCACUGAGCUGAAUCCCUGGCUCUAUUUUUUUUCUGAUCCUAAGGAUUGAUUAGAUUUUGACCCAAUGAGUAGUCUCCUAGUUCACACGCCUGCUGUUCUGUUAGGAAUUCCAGGAAUUGUGGUUGUCAAUGGAUCACAACAAGUUUUUAUUAGUGCUCAAUGGGUCUUAAUUUUUUUCUUUAAUAAAAUAGAUUCAAGGGUGUUCCUAAAUAAUUAUUCUUACUUCAUAGUUGCUUUUGUUUUUUAAAUAGUAAGAAUUAUCAUCUUUUGGAAUCUGGCAUAAUAUAGAUAUGUUUAAAUCUUUUGCCAGAGUUUAUAAUCUAGACUCUGCGCAAUAGCAAACUUAAUGCUAUAGAAAACAAUUGAGAGCCAAUUUAAUAGGCAAGAAUGCUUUCAAGAAACUAUGCUCUCAUUGAGAAGAUUUGCAUUCAUUUAAAGCAGUUUGCCUGCUUAGCUGUGAUACUAUUCUGACAAUGCAAGGUUUUUUGUUUUUUCCAUCCUAGGAAUUUUGAACUUAGGGCUACUAAGUUAAAUCUGCAGAUCUUUUUAUUUUGAGUUAGGAUCUCACUAAGUUGCUGAGGCUGACCUUGAACUUUGAUCCUCCUGCCUCAGCUUCCCAAACAGCUGAGAUUACAGGUAUGUGUCUGUAUACCUGGUGUCCUUUUUAUUUUUAAAAAAUAGAUUUAUAGAGUAGUUUUAGCUUUGGAACAAAUUUAAGAAGAAGGUAGAGAAAUUUACUGUAUCGUCUCUGGGUGCACACAAUCAUGGGCUUCCACUAUCACACCCCUUCCCAGAGUGUGGUGUAUGUGUGUCAACCGGUGGGUUUACAUUAGCACCUCAUGUGAAGUUCAUAGCUUGCACUAAGGUUCACUCGUGGUGGUUUAUACUCUGUGGUUUUGAACAAAUAUUACUUGUUCACAGUAGAAUUGUACAGAAUAGUUUCAUUGCUCUAAAAAUCCUCUCUGCAUGCUGUCUGUUCUUCUGCCCUACUCUCUCUAAUCCCUUGAAAACACAUGUUUUUACCAUUUAGAGUUUUGCCUUUUGCAGAAAAUCUUUAUUUGGAAUCAUACAGUAUGUAUAGUUCUUGGCUUCUUUCCCGAUAUGCAUGUAAGUUUUGUCCAUGUCUUUUGUAGCUUUGCAGUUUGUUUCUCUUUGGUGCUUAAUAUUUCAUUAUAUAAUGUACCAAUUUAUCCAUUUGCCUGUGGAAGGACAUCUUGCUUCCAAGUUUUCACAGUUACAAAUAAAACUGUUACAAACGUCCAUGUGUAAGUUUUUGGAUGGACAUAAGUUCUCAGCUCUUUUGGGUAAAUACCAGAAAGAUCAGUUGUUGGAUCAUAUGGUAAGAAUAUGUUAGUUUUUUAAGAGACUGCCAAACUAUCUUUCAAAGUGUCUGUAACAUUUUCCAUUCUCUAAUUGGGCUUUUCCCCCCUUCUGUCUAUAGUUAUUAAAGAUUGAAGUACUAAAGAGUGAUUGGCAGUUUCGUAUGUGAGAGCUUAUUGACUGUUGAACUUCAAUGUGACCAUUGAUUGUCAUGUGGUAGGUGGCCUUUGUUGGGUCCUCUCCCUGGUCAGUAUCUGUACGUCCUUCCUCAGGAUGUGCACUUUCUCUAGCGACGAGACUCUUGAUCUUCCCUGUGGAUAGUGCUUCUUCAGAGCUGUGCUGGGGACUGAGCUGAGGUUCCAUUAUUCUGUAAACAAAUUCUGCUUUCCUGAUCUCGCCUGUGUACUUAGUGUCCCUGAGUGAGAGACAGUCCCAGUUUUCUUCAGAAUAAUCUCUACCCCCUAUCUUCCUUGCAAGUUGUUUAUGAUGGUGAUAGUGAAUCAGGAGGAGGGGAGAGGUAAACAUAUUUAUGAUUUUUAACCACUUUUGUCUGUUUUUAGAUUUUAUCUUAAAACUAACCAUCUAUUCUUUAGAGUACACCUUUCCACCCCCACUGUACUUCCCAUCCUCUGCUUAUUUGUUUGGUUGGUUUUUGUCUUUCUGAGUAAAGGUUUCAUUAUGCAGUUCAACCUGGCCUUGGGCUCACUUUGUAGCCCAGGCUGGUCUCAAUCUUGCAGUGAUCCUUCUGCCUCAGCCUGCUUGCUGAGUGCUGGGAUUAUAGGAGUAAUCCCCGUGCUUGGCUCUCUGCUUUGGUUUUUAUGGGACUCUUAACUGUUCUGUUUUUUGGUUCUGGGGAUCAAAUGUUCAGGGGCUGCAUGCAUGCCAAGCAAGUACUCUAUCAUUGAGCUACAUUGAGCUUUCUCCAAACUUCACACUUGUUUGACUCCCGUAAAAUGUAAACUCUAUGAAAGCAGGAUUUUAAUGCAUUUUCUUUAUUGCUCUGGUCCCCAGAUUGGUUUUCAGGCUUAUGACUUACCUUUGCCCUUGAACGUGAGUACCUCUAGUCUAGAAAUUAUACUUCUUACAACUUUAUUGAGUUACCAGUUCUGCCACUACCUUUGAUAAGCAAAUGUUUGAUUGCCUUCUUGAAGCAUGCCUAACAGACCUCAAAGUUGUCGGUUGACGAAGGGAAUUCUAUAAACACCCGUGAAGUUGAAUACAGUGGACCUGCCUCCCCGGCUGCUUGAUAGGCCCAGGCAGGAGGAUCAGACUGAGAAGCCAGUUUGCACAACACCCUGAGGCCCCUGAGUGGUGGGGGAGUCCGCAACAGGUUAUAAAGCUUAGUACACUGUAAUCCAUGAAGAGUUGAUCUUAGUUGACUUAGAUGUUUAUAGGUUUAUAAGGCGAGAACCCCAUAAACACAUAAUUUUGGGUAACAGGAAUUUUCACAGUAUUUAGUGCAUGUUUGACUUUGACUAACAGAACAUUCAAUGGAACACAUUGCACAAACAGGAAUAACAUUAGGAAGCCUAACUGGUUUAGGUUAAUAGCCGAGGCUUGUCUCUUCGUAACUGUUUUCUUAGACAUCUUAUUAACCUGCGUGCUUCACUCAUCUGUAAUAGUUCUAGGACCAAGUUUUUACAUAAAUUAGGUAACAUACAUGAAGUAGGUGACAGUGGGGUCAGGUCAUGCUCACGGUGUGGGAGCUUCACAAGCGCAUCCUGCUUUUAAAUAGCAUUUUGGAAAAUAGCUAUUUAGGGUUUCUUUUACGAAUGAGAAUACAUGUACAUAGAAAGUCAUACUGGGAAAAGUGUAAGUAGUGCGUUUGGCUGUUGCUAUUCAUGUAGAGACCCAGUUUGGCAGGACGCAUCUCUCUGCUGUAAUCACCUUUUUGCUUGCCAGGUGGUCCUGGCGCAUAUCCCAAGCCCUGUAGCACAAAGUUACGAGAUCACCUCAGUGAAGCAGAUGAGAGUGAUACACAGUGCAAUAACUUGUUAUUCUACCUUGUUAUGAAAAUGUCUUACUUUUUCAUAAAAGCAAAUCAAGAAUCACAAAAAAUGAUAGGCUCCAUGCUGUGCUUGCCACUGACUUGGACUGUUUCUUAACUGAUGUUGAAUGUGUGAAUUACUUCAGGGAAAGGCCAGGUACAUUUUGUCUGACUGUAACCCACCUUGUCUAGCUUAGCAUUAAAUGCCUUCCUUCUGUCUUGGGGUGCAGUGAUGGUCCUGCCUCCCGAGACAUGCUUUUGUCCAUGCACUGUAAUAAAUUGCAUUUUGUGGAA